AUGCGGCGACAUCAAACGAAGCCCGCCGUCGACGGCCUCGCGCCGGACAUGCUAGCCAACAUCCACGGCCGCCUAACCCUCCUCGACCGCCUCGCCUUGGCCGCCGUGUUCCGCGGCGCGUUCAAGCCGGAGGCGCCGUGCCUCUUCCUGCCCGGCGAGACACCGGAGACCGCCACGCUCUACUCCCUCGCCGACCGCGGGCCCGUCGUCGUGCGCGCCACGGGCCUCGACCACGUCGUUCUCGGAUCCUCCGACGGCGGCGGGUGGCUCGUCACCGCGGAUGACCGGGCCCGGAUGCACCUCGUCAACCCUGUCACCGGCGAGCGGCACGCCCUCCCAGACAUCACCACCAUCCCCCACCUCUUCACGCACGGGGGCGGCGCCAGCUUCACGCUCCACCUGGAACACUUCGCAUGUGGCCCGCCCUACGGCUACGGCUACGGCUACGGCUACGGAGAUCGCCGGCCGCAGGGCAGGUUGACGACGCGGGCCGAGUCGAUACGUGAAAUCUUCUACCACAAGGUCGUCCUCUCCGACUCCUCACCGCGCCCCACCGCCAUGCUCAUCACGGGCUCCAAGUUCGGCGUCGCAGCGUUCGCCAUGGGUGAUGGCGGCGCGUGGAGGCUGGCGGCGCCCUCGCCCAGCGGCAUCGAGGACGCCAUCUACUACAAGGGCCAGUUCUACUCCAUCACCUACUCGGGCGACGUGGAGGUAUGGGAGCAUGCCGCGGAUCUUCCCACGAGGUCGAUGGUCGCGCCAACGCUGUUGAAAUAUGCAGAGCGCAAGUACCUCGUGGCGGCGCUGGACGGGCGGCUGAUGGUCGUGCUCGAGAAGUACGAGGAGACCAUGGACGAAUACCGGUGGACGUGUUCCUUCAACGUGCACGUGCUCGACGCCGGUGGCGAGGAGUGGGAGGAGACGGACGACAUCGGCGACGCCGCGCUGUUCGUCGGCCUGAACAGCUGUCUGUGCGUGUCAACGGGAGAACACCCGGAGCUCAGCGCCGGCUGCGUCUACUACACAGAGGACGGCGACCGGAGUCCGCUCAAGGACGCAACCACGCCGCGAGGGGCUGUUUAUGUUCAGUCUCAAGGACGGCACGGUGGAGAAAGUUGA